AUGAAUGAGGACAUGGACCUGGAUGGGUCGAGUACUAAGCGUGCUGACGCGAAAAAUACGAUGCGAUCGAUCUGUCCCAUGUUCGAACUGCAAGGCAAGCAAAUUAUCGAACGGAAGAUCGAUCGUAUCGAAGAUAGACUUUCUGGAAUUGAGAAUGUUCUCGCCAAGCUUGCGUCCAAACUGGGAGACUUGAAUGUGCAAAAUGAAUCAACCGAACCAAGCACCUUCUCACGACCUAGUCGAGUCGGAAGUCGAGAGAGCUCAGGGAAAAGUCAAGCGACGACCGACGCCAUCGUUCCUGAACCAUUCGAGGGUGAAACAGCCACCAACAGCCAGUCUGGAUAUGCUCGUGAGCUUCUCACCAAGAUUGUUGGCAACACCCCUUCCAUUGGGCAAAAUGAGGAGAUCAAGAAAGCCUUGAGUGCGCUUGGUGAUAUCGUCACAUUACAAGGACAUGUCACCGUAUCUACAACAUCCACUACAAAUUCUCUGAUCAACCGCGCGCUCUCAGAUGUCGACCCAGGAAAGUUGGACCGACCACCUUGGCCCGAAGUCAAAGAGAUGCUCGAGAAAGCUUUGAAAUAUCCCACGAUGGCAUUUGCAGUCAUCUUUCCUUUCCUGAAAAUGCGCAAUAUAUUUGAGAUAUUCGAAGACGCUUACCAAAAUACAUCACAUUGUGACGCACCACGUAGGAUUCUGGCCUUCGGGGUCGGAUACAAUCUAUUUACAGAGUUCUCUGCGAUGCCUUGGUGCUCUGGCUUGGACCAGAACAAGCUGCGUGGUCACGCUACAAUGUGUAAACACCACAUGGAAGUCGCCGUCAGCCAGCUCGAUGUGUUCAUUCCGGCCAGCUACGAGAACGUCAUGGCUCUCGUUCUCGGUGCUGGUUGUGCGAUUGAGAUGUGCAAACCUUCACUUGCAUGGGUUCUGACCGCUAUGGCAGCUGGCAAUGCCCAGAACUUAGGCUACCAUCGCUAUCAGACCCUUCAGAAUGACGAGGAAGAAGAACGGAAUGCUAAAAUUCACCUUUUUUGGUUGAUAUAUACGUACGACAAGCAACUCUCGUUGCGUCUUGGUCGUGCAAGUGUCAUUCAAGAUUGGGAUAUGUCUUUACCGUUGAUAACUGCGUCACCUUCACCAGCAGCUGAGGCUCUCGGGGCAAGUCAGAUGAUUAUUUACUGGGUCAAGGUUGCCAAGGUUCAGGGCCAGACGUACGAGAGGCUCUUCAGCCCUGCUGCUUUUCUUAGAUCUCCUGCAGAACGGCUUUCGACCGCUAUCGAACUCGUCAGUGCUAUGAACCAGGCAUGGUACGAGCGUGGGGAAACCAGAAUCACGACGAGAGAAGACCUGUCAAAGCGGAGGAAGGCGGCCAUGGCAAGUCCUAACGAGACAGAGAUACCGUCAAAACGUAGACAUUUUGCGCAGCGUGUUCCACUGAUGCCCGACGAUUACCCAACAGGUUCUUUCGAACGAAUAGCAGAUGUGUUUUUCCAUGCCGACGUCGUCAUGCACUAUUCGACGUGCGCUCUCAUACAACGCGCUGUCAGUUCUGACAACGUCACUUUCAGCCAAGAAUGCUUGGAAUACUCGAGGGCAGCUCUGGCCGCCCAUGAAAGAUGUAACGCUCAAUUCAACAAUGGCGGGAGCGAAGAGCUCUGGAUUGGCUAUAUCCAUUGGUCCAUUCUCCAGGCCCCGUUCACACCUUUUAUCGUCGUUUUCUGCAAUGCCAUCCAGAGCUCUAACACCGUAGAUCUCAACACUCUUCAGCAAUUCGUCGCCAGUCUGGAAUCUAGUCGCACCGUAUCCGAAGGCGCCGACAAACUCUACAAGAUGUGCCACCUUUUUCACCAGGUCGCAAAACUUUACAUCCAGGCCAAGAGGAAAGAAUCUAGGAUACAACCAGAAACCGGGUCACAGCUUUCACCAAGUACUUUCUUUACCGCAAGAGAUGAAGACCAACUAGACGUCAGCACUAUGACUCAAUUUGAUCCUUAUUUGAGCGCUCUUGGACUUGUGCCCAACUCAGCCUGGCCAAUGGCUAGUUAUGCCGAUGCGCCUGCGAUGUCAACGGUAAUGGAGUCUUUUGCAAAUGUCCAAAAUGCGGCGAGCACGCAAAGUGUGGAUACUUUCGGCGUACAUGAUGUACUCAACGGGGUCCCUCAGAAUCCCGUUCAGGAUUGGUUCUCAGGGUCGCGCUAUCUGAUGAAUCUCAUGGAGGCCGGCGGCGACAUACAGAUGCCAGAUUUGAACAACUUUGAUGCUCAGCUGUAA